GUUCCACGCCACCCAGUGACUGAAGGCCAACCCACACGAACCAUGUCGUCGCCGCCCCUCGACCCCCGCCUCCCCAAGUACCCCGUCAAGAUGAAAUACCCAUCCUUUAACGACACAACCAGCAACUUCAACUUCUCGGACUACGUGACUGUCGCCGCGUUCUCUGUCGUGUCGUUUGGCGCGGGCUACGCGCUUGGCCGACCUGUCCGUGUGCCGUCGAUGGUGGCCACCGGCAUUCUUGGCACGGUCGGCGGAUACUUGUAUUCAUUCCAAAACUCGGCGGCCAGAUUGCAAGGAUUCAAGGAAUAGACUCAACACAUGCCUGUGGAGUAGUAAGGCACCAAAUCUCAUGAACUAUUUCUACCUCCA